AUGACUAUCGUCGCACCGAUGAAAGCUGGAAAAUCUACGAUCAUCAAUGCUAUAAUCGGCGAAUCUAUACUUCCCGAACGUGACGAUGCAAUGACAACAUUGCCCACGGAGGUUAUUUUCAAGCGUGACAUCACUGAACCCAGUUUGCUACUACCUGAUCUAUGUCUACAUACAUUAACAACUAUACAACGGGAGAUACAGCAGUUUCUCAAAACGAAUGCUUCCAUGAGUGAUGAGGAACUGUACAAAAUACUCGGUAACAAUCAGCAUGCUGUUAAUGCUGCUCGUUCCAUAGACAAAGAAACGUGUCCAAAAUUAUUCCCUCAAAUACAUGGAAGAAAAGACAUUGAACAGACACUAAGGUUCAUAAAUGACUUAAUUCGUCUUCAUAUCUAUUUAUUACAAAGUAAGAAAAUGAAACAGGACUCAUUGACAGUAAGUCUCGAAAAUUUUCGUAAAAGUAUUCCACGUCUAGAAGUUUUACAUCUGCCGAUGAGUAACCAAAGAAAUGAUAAUGAAUCUCUCGGCACACUAGUAAUAGUAGAUAAUCCUGGUCCAAAUGAAUCACGAGCAUCGCUCGAACUCAAUGAAAUUGUGACCAAUGAGCUAAGUAAAGCAACGCUUAUUCUAGUUGUUAUUAACUACACGCAAAUGAAUACAGAAGCCGCUGAAAAAAUACGAGAACAGAUAAACGAUGUUCGAGAUAGAAAAGGUGAUAAAGAUUGUCUUUACGCCCUAAUUAACAAGGUUGAUCAACGGCGUACAGACACCGUGAAUAAAAAAGACUUACAACGUUCAAUAGAAGCUACAUACGAUAUUCAUAGCGAUAAAAGAAUAUUUGAAGUUAAAGCAGUUCAUGCGCUAGCAUCAAGAAAAUUUGCAAGAGAAUAUGCGCAACUACACGACGAGAAUAGACAAGUUAGAGUUGAAGAUAUGCUCACAGCAGAAGACUUCGCUCGAGAAGUCUAUGGGGGGCUAUUUGACGAUAGAAUUGAACAAGGACUUAAUCUAGAAGAACUUCUUACAGGUGCUCCAAAAUUGUGGAAAUCUUCGGGUUUUGAAGAAUUUUUGAGAAAUGCUUUCGAAGACCUAGUCAAAAUAGCCAGUACAAAAUGUAUCAGAUCAGCAGUGGGUCUAUGUGAAGUGGCUUAUGCGGAAUUAAAAGGUUAUAUAACAUUACGUCUAAAAGCAUUGAAAGUAGACGCGGAAAAUCUUCGUCAAGAAAUCGUUGAUCUAGAAAACGAUUUGCAUGAAUUGUCCGCGGUGAAAGGGACACAAAACGAAGUGUUAAAAAAGGCCAAAACUACUCUAAAUAAUGUGGUUGAAUUGGUUCUUACCGAUUGUAAACGCGAGACACAAAAAAGUUUUGAUACAGAGAAUCCUGUUUGGCUUUCACCAGACAAAUGGGCUGAAUAUAUAAAACAAAAGCGCUCAGAAUCAAUAACAGCUGCAAGUACGCUCAAUAGUGUGGCUACGACUGUUAGACUCGGUGCUACUGCCUUAGCAAUGGCGAGUGUAAUAUCUGAAAACUUAAGUCUAUUUUUUUCAAGUUUUGCCGUAGCAUGCGUAGCAGCAAAAGUUUCUGUUGAAGCAUCUGAAAAGGUGAAGACAAUAGAAAAUAAUGAUGACGAAAUAUGUUUUCAUAACAUUGAUGCGGCCAAUGAAUUUAUUGAAGCCGUAAAAGUCAUGGUUUACGAACUUUGUAAAUCUAUGGUAGUUACCGUAGGUACGAAAGUGAAUAAAGAGGCGAAAAACGUGAAUGACAAUCUUUGCGAUUUUCUUCGCAAAUGUACCUCUGGUAUUUUUACCCGUGCAAAUAAGCGUUUAAACGCCCGGUUUGAAAUUCAGACAGCAGCAUUCAAACAAUUUGAUAUGAAUGUCGAAGAAUCAAAACAAGAAUUUGUUGUUCCGAAAUCGAAGUAUCGAUCGUGGACAUCAUUGUGGUUACUCGAAUUAGAAUCUGACGAAAUAAUUCCAAAUGCAAAUCAGUCUGUUUCGCGCAAAAAGUUGAAAGCCCAGUGCGAAGAACUGAUUAAAAGAAAUAUACAUAAUAUAGAAACACAAAUCAAACAAAAUUUUAGUACCGAUUUAACUAAAACAUUUGAAGAUCACUUUGAAAAAUUAGAAGCCUAUUUUCAAAUGUACCAGAGUAGUAUAAAUGCUUCGUUACACGAUAAAACAUUAAAUAAGGAAGAAAUGAUUGUGUUCAAAGAGAAACUGGAAAAUCUACUGGUCGAGCUUGAAAAUGGACAGAAUGAUUUAAGACAGACAUUUCUGCCUAACGAUGUAACUUGUUAA